AUCGUUUUUUAACAAAAGAACCAGAGUACUGAAAAGCAGAAUUUAAGACUGCAACUACCUGCUGGAAAAGGAGCUUUUUUUCCUCUCCAAAGCACUGCCUUUGAUGUACGGCAACUGAUCACUGAUCAGAUUACAGGCAUUUGGUCUCAGUGCUCGUCUGCCUUUGAUCUGCAUGGUUAAUUUUAUUUUCCCGGAUUUGGAGUUUCGUCUGGGCUUGUGCUGACAUACUUUUUUUUUUCUUUUUUUUUUUUUUUUUUUAAAGGAGGCAGAAGCAUUUAAUACAGAAGCUCUGGCGGCGUGAAAUUAAGCUGCAGAAAGCCUAGGCACUGGAAAACUUCGUCAGAUAACAGGUUGAAAGGUUUAAUUGAAAGAAAUGGAUGCUAAAGGAUUACAAGGAGAAGAUAAACUGAAGAUGCUCCUAAUUUUACUAGCGUAUUUGCUAAGUAGGGUAAUUUGUGAGACUGGAGAUUGCAGAGAGCAAGAAUUUAGGGACCACACUGGAAACUGUAUCCUCUGCAAACAGUGUGGACCUGGAAUGGAACUCUCAAAGGAAUGCGGCUUUGGAUUUGGGGAGGAUGCACAGUGCAUGACAUGCAGGCCAAACAGAUUCAAGGAAGACUGGGGCUUUCAGAAGUGCAAGCCUUGUCUGGACUGUGCAUUAGUUAACAGGUUCCAGAAGGCCAACUGUUCUGCCACCACCAAUGCCCUAUGUGGAGACUGCUUACCUGGAUUUUAUAGGAAGACUAAGCUUGGAGGCUUUCAAGACAUGGAGUGUGUUCCUUGUGGUGAUCCUCCUCCUCCCUAUGAGCCUCACUGUACCACCAGAGUAAACCUUGUGAAGAUCCCCUCAACUGCCUCCAGUCCUCGAGACACGGCUCUAGCAGCUGUCAUAUGCAGUGCCCUGGCAACAGUGCUCUUGGCUCUUCUUAUUCUUUGUGUCAUCUACUGUAAGAGGCAGUUUAUGGAGAAGAAACCAACCUGGUCUUUGAGAUCACAAGACAUUCACUACAAUGGCUCUGAAUUGUCAUGUUUUGAUAGACCACGGCUAAGUGAAUAUGACCACAGAACUUGUUGCCAGUGCCAGAGAAGCACAACCCGGACAUGUGGACCAGUUCACUUGAUUCCAUCACUGUGCUGUGAUGAAACCUGUAGCAUGGAGCAUAGCAGUCACAGUUGUGCUUUCCACUCACAGACUACACUUAAUGAAAGGGCUUCUGAUUCUGUUGGAGAAAUGAUUCCUGCUUUCCUUGGUUCUCUUUCACACUCUGCCUGUGGAGACAUUUCAGAUGCUUGGCCUCUUAUGCAAAACUCAGCUUGUUGUGACAGCAUUUCUUUCUGUGAAUCAUACUCAGAACUGGCUGGAGGAUCCGAAAAAUCCUGCAGUCCUGAGACUGAAAAUGCAGCCAAUAUUGAGUCGGAUAAUAACCAGGAUCUAAAUGAAAUACUUAUUUCAGCUAAGUCUCUUGAGGGAAACUUUGCAAAGUCAUUUGAAAUCUCCAAGCAUAGAACAUGCAUAGAAGUUUCAUCACUUCAGAACUCAGCAGCAGCUGAAACCCAGCCAAAGACAGUGCGUAAUGGAACAGCAAAUGACUCUACAGACUGAUAAAGAGGAAACCAAGCUAUUUCUCUCAGCACUAAAUUUGAAUGCUUUUCUGAUGUUCCUCUGCUAAUUCUCAUCAAACUUAGCCUGCUCUUCAAUGUUGCAUGGUUUCAAAAUCAGCUGGAAAAAAAAUGGCAUCAUUUCACACCUUCUGAGAAGUUGCAUCUGAGCCAUAACAGCUGCAAAGUGAAACUUCAAGGAGCAUCCUAGGAGAACCCUGAAAGUGGAUUUAUGACCUUCUGCAUCUCUGAGAAAAAGAACCUUCUGUUUCCUCAGAUUCUCAGGAAGUCUAAUGGAGUGAGCUUAAAAGUAUAUGUAAAUACACCAAGAAAUACAAAUACUUCAGUGUGGUUAGGCAGACAUCUUAAAUAUGGCUACAGAUGUCAGAAAGCGUGGGACAAGAUGUUGCCAGUUAAUCUGCUUGCAGAUGUUUGCAUGCAUUAGGAUUUUUUUUGGCUGGUUCUAAUUUUAAAUCCAUUUUCUGCUGUUGAAGGACUUAAAAAGUAAACAUUUCUAUUUAUGCAAGGAUCAUCUAUUGAUAAACUGAAGCUUUUAUUAUAUAUUACUUUAUAGCCAAUAAGCUAGUUUGGGGAGUUAAAGAAUUUGCAUGUUACAAUAUAUGUGGUUGAAAUCCCCUCCAUCCAACUAUUCCAUUUAUGGGAGGGGGCAUUGUUUUGUUAAAUCUAGCAGGAGAUUAGCUUUAAAUUAGGUUUAGUUUAAUGCAAGUCAAAUGUAUAGAUAGGGGUGUUGUGUUUAAUUGGUAGUCUCAGUAUUGGAUUACAGCACUUGCUGUUACAGCAUGUCCAUUUUGGAUGUUGAAAUAAAUGUAAUCAUCUGUCACACCAAAAUGUCCAACUAGAGCAGGUGUGCUGUGAAAGUAUUCAUACAAUGAUACUGUUGCAAAUAUUUUUUAGCAAUGCCUUUUCAAGGGUCAAGCUUCAUGGUGACCUAAUGAAUUAAUUUAGCAGGCCUCUUCUUCUCUUCAUGUCACUCUGUCCUUCUUACUGUAGCAGUAAAAAAAGUAUUCAUGACGUAUUAAAAAAAAAAACCCAAACCUCUGAAUCAAAUCCUCGAAGCUGAGUGCAUGCCUAGUAACUCUGCCCUUGCUGCUGUUCUUUAAGAUUUUUUUGUAGUUCGUUGCACUACAUCCCACAAUGACAUUUGUUCUGCAGCUGUUUUUAACCUUAAAAUAGUUUUCACUUCUGUGAGUAAUCCCAGUAACCUCUACUGAUUCAUUACAUUCAGCAGGCUCAGACCUGUCAGUGAUGAGCUCCAGCAAUUAUUCUUUACAGUACACAAUGUGCCUUGACAGAAGGGAAGCAAUCAGCAAAACAAAUGUAAAUUUGCAACAAAUAUUACUCAUCUUUCCACACAUGGUUUGUGUGGCAAUGGCAAUGUUGGGACAGUAUUCAUAUUCCAUAAUGGAAAAAGACUUUUGCUUGGGAGCACCCAGUAGAAGGUUGAACCUGCACAAUAAGCCAGUGUAGGCAUCCAAGAGAGCUUCCUCUAAAACCAGUGAGAUUAUUCGUGUGUGCAAAAAUCAUGAAUAACAGUUUUCAAGCUAAUUGUAGUCAAAUAAGAGUAGUUUUUAAGACGUGACGUGUUCUUUUUCUUUACAUGUAAAUGAAGAGAUGUGUGCUUCUUGUGUAUACUUUGUAAAUAGAAAAAAUCCAAUGUGCAUUUCAGUAUAUGGCAAGGUAUUUUUAGAACAUAUAGAGAAUUAGCUUUUCACUAAUAACAGUUCUUUAAAAUGCUAUGUUCAAAAGUUUUGCCAGCAUUUGCCACAGGAAGUAUGAUUUCCCAUUGGAAUUUACACUUUGUAUAAAUGUUUUUGUCUGGCAACCCUAGAGAAAAAUACUCCUUUAAAUGAGUCACAAAUAGCUUGAGAGUAAAUUGGGAGGAAAAAAUGAAGGGAUUGCUUUUUAAAUAUGUGUGUAUAUUAUGUAUAUACUUUUUGCCUUAAUUUAACCAAAUUGGUCUGUUUUAUAUUGCUUGUGGCAAGCAAUGUUGUACAUGCCUACAGAAAACAUACACUGCCACUGAGUUUAGACUGCCCACAUAUCACAUCUAGGGACUUACAGGGCUGUUUUAAAUACUCCUUUAGAGAAUGUAAAUUAUAUCUUGUAUAAAUAAUUUUGUAAUACUUUUUCUACUUGUGAAUAAAAUGUCACGUGAGCUG